AUGCAGAGACGCUCCAGCGACAGCCGCCCCUUCAAGCAGAGGAAAAGUUUAGCCAAUCGAACACGUGAAGUGGGCGAAAUUCGGGGAAGGUAUCCAAGCAAGAUCCCGGUGGUGGUGGAGCGCUACCACAAGGAGAAAGAGCUCCCCCUACUGGACAGGACCAAGUUCCUGGUCUCUCAGGACCUAACGAUGUCUCAGUUCAUGCACACUCUCAGAACCCGCCUCUGCCUGUCGGCCACCCAGACCUUCUACCUCCUGGUGAACAACAAGAGCCUGCCCAGUCUGAGCCUCACCAUGAUGGAGAUCUACAACGACAGCAAAGACGAAGACGGCUUCCUCUACAUAACGUAUGCUUCUCAAGAGAUGUUCGGCAAUGGGGGCUGUUGCUAA